UCCAAAUGUUUUGCGAGCUUGCAGUCUAGGAUCCUUCCUGUAUUUGUGGAGAAAGUUUGUAUUCCCAGUCUGUACAUCAUUUGUAGUUUUAUUAUCUAAUUAGGAGGACCCGCCCAAUAGUCAAACUGACAAUAUAAAAACCAAGGACCACUUGAAGAAACUCGAUGAGCUGAGAAGGGAUUUCUUCUAAAGUUGAAGCUUAUUAGCAAUGGCCAUUUCACCUUCACUUGGUUUUAUUGUUGUGCUUUUAUCCUGCAUCGCCAUUCUACCACACUUCUCAUCUGCUCAGGGGAGCUGCCGUACACGAUGUGGAGAGGACUACUACAGGGGCUAUGCAUGCCACUGCGACUACAACUGUCUGCUUCAUAAGGAAUGCUGCCCAGAUUAUGAAGGGCUUUGUACCACAGCAAACUCCUGUAAGGGGCGCUGUGGAGAAGACUUUCAGAGAGGUCGGAAGUGUGACUGUGAUGCUGGCUGCUUAGAAUUUAAUCAGUGCUGUUCUGAUUAUCAAAGCCACUGCUUAAAAGAAACUCCAAAAACAACUGUUGCUAAGCCCACAACUGUGCCCAUCACAACAAGAGCGAACACCCCCCAAGUGCAAGCAACAAAGGAAUUGGCAGUAAACCUGUCUCCUUUAAUUCAGAAACCAGUUCCAACAACUCAAUCAGCUACCACAGCUUUGUCCAGGUUUCAAGCCAUUGAAACAACAGCAAGUGAUUCCAACAGUGCGAAUGAAGAGAUGAUCCAAGAUCUGUCUGAAAGCCAGAUGAUCACCCUAUCCACUUUACCACCAGUCAACCAACCAACUUCCAGACUUGCAGUUACUACAAUGCAACUAGAAAACCUGAAGUAUCCUGAAUUUCAAAGUGAUGAUGAGACAGUCCUACUUGAAUUAACUGAAGCAAUGCCUUACCAAGAACAAUUCAUCCCAAGUUUUACUCAUUCAUUUUCCACUGAGCCAUCAGCACCUUCAAGCGUGUUUUCCAUCCUUCAAUCAACCACAGAAGCAUCCACAAAGCCUGAAGAACAUGCAAACCCAACAGAGCCCCUAGUGUUAGAAAGUGAUACCAUAAGACCUGCUGUUACUGAGCAAACUACUACACCUUCUGCAGCAGUAAACGAUCAGGAAUCAGAGACCCCAUCAGAAAGUGAUACCACAGGACCUGCUGUUACUGAGCAAACUACUACACCUUCUGCAGCAGUAAACGAUCAGGAAUCAGAGACCCCAUCAGAAAGUGAUACCACAGGACCUGCUGUUACUGAGCAAACUACUACACCUUCUGCAGCAGUAAACGAUCAGGAACCAGAGACCCUGUCAGAAAGUGAUACCACAAGACCUGCUGUUACUGAGCAAACUACUACACCUUCUGCAGCAGGAAAUAAUCAGGAACCAGAGACCCCAUCAGAAAGUGAUACCACAAGACCUGCUGUUACUGAGCAAACUACUACACCUUCUGCAGUAAACGAUCAGGAACCAGACAUCCCAUCAGAAAGUGGGUUUGAACCCUCAAUGACAGAUGCACCUGAGACUGACACACCCUCACCUCCUGAGGGAGAUGUUCCUUCAGCAAGCCCAACCCAGACCCCUGCAAGUACCAGCACUUUGAGUCUUACCACCACCACACCUACAAACAAUCCAAGUGACAUUUUCUUACCAGAGUUUAUGACCACAGUGUCAAACCUAGAAGAUUCAACCUCACUUCCUCCGUAUUCCACUGAGUCGUCAACUCCUUUAAUUGCCUUUUUCACCCUCCAGUCCACCACAGGGGCAUCUGAAAAGCCUGAAGAAAAGGCAAACCCGACAGAGCCCCAAGCUUCAGAAAGCAGUACCACAAGACCUGAUAUCGCUGUUCUAGCGAGCAUAGCUGCCAUAGAUAAUGUGGAAGAAUUAAGCCUGACAGAACUGCAGACCCCCAGAGGAGCGCUGGCCACACCCCCUGGAACAGAAAAUAUUCCAGAACCUGCUGUACCUAUAGGUGCAGAAUCAGUGAGCCCUACUAAUGGAGCUCCUUCAUCAGCAAGCCCAACAAAGAUCCCUACAAUCAUGAGCACUCCGAGUUCCACCACCACAGACCCGACCAGGAAUGUUUUGUUAGCAGGUGAUGAUAAGCAAUUUUCUACAGCAAGUUUAGAUGACAACGAUGAUGACAAUCUCUGCAGUGGCCGACCGGUAAAUGGGAUAACGACUCUACUAAAUGGGACAAUGUAUGCGUUUCGAGGACAUUGGUUUUGGAUGCUCAAUUCCUAUGGGAUAGAGGUGGGAUAUCCUCGCAGGAUCACAGACGUCUGGGGCAUUCCCUCCCCCAUUGACUCAGUCUUCACACGCUGUAACUGCCAAGGAAAAACCUUCUUUUUCAAGGGCAGUAAUUACUGGAGAUUUGAAAACGGGGGCAUGGACCCUGGCUACCCUAAAUUAAUUAGCAAAGGCUUUGGAGGGAUUAAAGGACAAAUAACUGCAGCUCUUUCAGUUUCUUCAAGCUGGAGAAGACCAGAAUCAGUUUACUUUUUUAAACAAGGUGGUUUAGUCCAAAAAUAUUCCUACACUCAAAAACCACCACAAACCUGUAAAAAGAUGCAGACUCAGUACUCAGUCUACAGUAUUAGGAACCGGUUUGCACGUCAGCUGAGCAGUCAAAGCAAAGAUACAGUUACUCUUGGCCAGGAAAUCAAUAUAAAAUUACAGUGGAGAGGAUUUCCCACAUCAGUCACUUCGGCUAUAUCUGUGCCCAAUGCAAGGAAGCCAGAUGGAUAUGACUACUUUGUGUUUUCCAGGACUCAAUACUACAACAUUAAUAUUCUUGCUGAUCAACCGACUGUACUGCCUUCUUCAGAAAGGCAACGGAGCACAGCAAAGGACUGGUUCAAGUGCCCAUAGUGAUACACCUGGGAAAUAACUUGGAAGCAGACAUCGGACAACUAAUAGUCAACUUUUAUUAAUAUAAACAAAAAGCAAUACAGGCAAGAGGUACUCAAAACUUCCAAAGUACAAAACGGCACUAUUUAAGCGGAUUUCCAUAAACGAAAGCAAGUGAUUGCAUGUUUUUAAUUAGCAGUUCAGUUACAGGCAGUGCAGAAUUAGCACUGUGGUUAACUCAUAUUUCCUCUAUUAUACCGGCCUCUACUGCCCAUCGCAUGGCUUACACCUGCAGAACAAAAAGAAAUGUAUUAGGAAAAAGGUUUUGGGUGGCAACUAUAAAAUGUAUUUUGAAAAAUAAAAUGAUAUAUCUAUAUUAAAAGGUC